AUGAUGAACACCAAUCACACUGUCUUCCACCCUGCCGUGUUUGUCCUGCUUGGCAUCCCAGGCUUGGAGAGAUACCACAUCUGGCUCUCCAUCCCCUUAUGCUUUAUAUAUGCAACUGCAGUGCUAGGGAACAGUGUUCUGAUCCUGGUCAUUGUCAUGGAGCGCAGCCUCCAUGAGCCCAUGUACAUGUUUCUGUCCAUGUUGGCUGGCACUGACAUCCUGCUUUCCACUACCACUGCACCCAAAGCCUUGGCUAUCUUCUGGUUCCAUGCACGGGACAUCACCUUUGAUGCUUGUAUGACUCAAGUCUUCUUCGUCUAUGUGACAUUUGUGGGAGAAUCAGCUAUCUUGAUGGUCGUGGCAUUUGAUCGCUAUGUAGCCAUUUGUGCUCCUUUAAGAUAUUCAACAAUACUGACAACACCUAUGGUACGUAGGCUAGCCUUAACCAUUUUCCUCCGGAGCUUCUGCAUCGUCUUCCCUAUCAUCUUCCUGCUAAAGAGAUUACCCUUCUGUAGGACCAAUGUAAUCCCCCAUUCUUACUGUGAACACAUUGGGGUAGCCAAACUGGCCUGUGCUGAUAUCACUGUCAACAUAUGGUAUGGCUUCUCUGUCCCCAUUGUUACGAUGAUCACCGAUGUGGUGCUCAUUGCAGUGUCCUAUACCCUGAUCCUCCGGGCCAUCUUUCGGAUGUCCUCUCAGGAUGCCCCAAAAACAUUCAACACUUGUGGCUCUCAUCUUUGUGUAAUUCUUAUGUUUUAUUUCCCAUCCUUAUUCACUGUAUUGAUUCAUCAUUUCUGGGGCAAUUUCCCAUGCCAUGUACAUAUCCUACUGGCCAAUCUCUAUGUGGUGGUGUCUCCCACGCUCAACCCCAUUGUUUAUGGGGUGAAGAUGAAACAGAUCAGAGAGGCUGUGGCUCACUUUUUCGUGGAGAUCAAGAAGUAG